CGAUUUCGAGUCAUAUGGAGGCCGCCGCAGCGGCAGCAGCAGCGUCAGGAGGGGCAGGGCCAGCCUCUCUGCUGCAAGCAGCCGCUGCCAUGGCCGCCAACGAGCCCGAAACAAUGAGCAUAUCAGCAAUGCCAAUGCCCGUUCCAGUGCCCGUCUCCGUUUCGGCCAUGGGCAUGGCCCACAGCUUUCUGAUCAACAAUUUCGUAACAGUGGCGGGCCCACCAGUGGCCUCGGUGAGCAGUACGCUUGGGCCACUGGUAAACACCGGCCUGCAAUACAUGGAUAAACCAUAAAAUUAAUAAAAAGGGCAUAAGGGCGACUCCCCCCUCCCUUAAAUCGAUACAAUACAGGUAUUAGAGAAAUGGCAGCAAAAUCCCUCUAGUGUAUAUAUAUAUAGAGCAGACCGCUUAAACGGCAGAGUGGCAAUAUCACAUAAUGUCCGGCGUUGGAAUCCACUGAAGAAGCUGACCUGAAACGAAUGCAGAGCAGAGGCGGAAGCGGAAUCGGAGAUGGAAGACAACGACGGCCGCACUUGUAAUAAUUGUCAUAGAAAGUAAUUCCUUAAGCUUAAAGUUUUACACACCUCCUCUUCCCCCCCGUACAUUUUUACGAUUGUUAACUAAGGAAGAAAGUAAUCGGUAGUACAGAUCUAUAUAGUUCUAUUAUAUAUAUAGAAAAAACAAAAGUUAUAUUAUAACUGUACAUAAAUUAUACAAUUUUAUUAGUCGUAAAAUCCCCCCAAAACAUCCAUCAAAUGAGUUAAAACACCAAAACUGAAAGGGAUUGGGUGCUGUGCGCAGUAGUGCCGAGCAAACGCGAAAUACACUUCCUGCUGAGUGUCGUUAAAUCUAUUGAAUAUUUGAGGAAAAAUUCAUUUAUCUUUAUAUUUUUUUAAAUUUUUGUUUGAGACUCAUUUUGCAUUCGAAAUUCCCUUAGACACACGCAUGGAUGAGGUACAUCGUGGCAUGGUUGGCUCUUUCUGUGGCGCAUCAGAGAUGAGUUUUUUUUUCAAUUGAUUGAUCGAAAUUGAACUUGUGCACUUGUGUUACAGUAGCAAAUAUCAUUAUAUGGGUACCUACUCCUAUAUUCAUUAACUUUUAUAUAAAAUGUGUAUAUAUAUAACGAUAUAGCAUCUUAGAUCUACAUAUUAUAACGUUUUGUGUACAGUUGAAAGGAGAACAAGAAUCAACACGCAAGCGUCAGUCGGUCCCGUUCCACAGAGAGAAGGACCUCUCUUCGAUCGAGGGGACCGUACAAUAGUUGUAAGCAAACAAAAUAAAUCCACAGAUGGUGGAUCGGUAGAGAGAUGAGCAAUGUAAGAGAAUCGGAUAUGUAUGAUAUACUUAAUAUGUACCACAACCACACCACUCAAUAUAUAUGUAUAUAUAUUUAUAUUUGUGAAUGUAACCAACAAUUUUUUAUUUAAACUUCUACUCGUUCUCGUCGAAUGUGUCGCUGGAGGGGAAGAGCUGAGCUCCCCAUGGGCAUUGGGGAUUUAUUUUCACACAAGACUCUAAGCCACAUAUCCUUAGUGGGAGGGAAGGGAUUUCCCCCGUUUGUACAUAGGUAGAGUGUGUAGUCAGUAGUGUAUGUGUGUAUGUACAUAUAGACCACAAGAACAGAUCGGUUGACCAUAUGCAGGACUCGCAAUAGACAAGCAACAAAGCAAAAACUUCAACAAAUAAACUCGUAACCACCCAAGAAAAUCCUAAAUGGAGACUGCAGCUAAGGGCAAAUAGUAUGCCAACAGAAACAGAAAUACGAUUCAACUACAACUAGAUUCUAGACUAUGGAAUAGUAUGGUUUUUAAUACGACUCAUAUACAUAUUGUAACUAAAUAGAAGAGAUCUUUUUUAUAUAUUGUGUCAAGGCAUUAAGGACUUAGCACUAAGGCGUGAUUUGUUAGAAGUCAUACGAGUAAAGUAAACUUUGAUAAUGGACUUUUAUUACACACACCACAGACACACACACUACAGGACAGACACAAAGAAAUACAAAAAAAAAAAAAAACGAAUGAAAAUAGCAGAAACAAUAAACAAAAGAUGAACAACAAAGAAAACCAAAAUAUAGUACAUAACUAACUCUGUUUCCUAUACAAUUGCUAUACAAAAAGUACCAAUAACUACGCCUAGUCUAGUUAUCUGUGUGUUAAAUAUAUAUAUAAAACAAAAACAAAUUAAUUUAAAAAUCCAGCAUACAGUGCAAUAAAUUGUAUUAUACAAUAUGUAUGGACGGCAUGCACCACAUAAUAAAUCGAAUAUCGAGUUGGAACGAAACAUGAAACAUUCUCUAGACUGUAGUCCCGAUGUGUGUGUGCAAGAAACGAAUAAAACUUUCAAAACUACAACAACCCAGUCCGGCGCAUGCAGUGCAUCAUCCACAUCAUCCGCCAUUGGUGGCCACCAGCAGCAGCAGCGGUGGCAGCGGCAGCUUUGAGCGCUCAUUUAGCAUUGGCGGCUUGGGCGAAACUGAUCCGGAAAACAAUGCCAGCUCGCCUGUGAUGAUGGGCACCAAGCGGAAUCGUGUGCUCACGCGACAGCCCCGGGUGAAGCGUGACAGCGACAGUCUCUCGUCGACCAAUCAGAUAUCGCCGGAUACGGCUGCCACAACCCUCGACUUUGAUCCGUUUAAUGCUGCUGGUGCCACAAGCGCCACAGCCAGGGAUUAUUCGACAACGGGCUCCCAUCAUUUGCACCACCACCAGCAGCAGCAGCAGCAGCAGCAGCAGCAUCAUCACCAGCCACCGCAUCACCACCAUCACCUGCUGACGGUGCCAACUCGAAUCGAACGGCAUGCCUCUGAGCCGGCACCUAGUCUUGGUCCCUCCACACCGCACCUGCUCAGCGUGCCGUCCAGCACACCGUAUCUCAUAAAGCAGCACUCGGAUCCGCUCCUGCCGCGUCAGGCCGCACUGCACUCGGCCUCCGGCAGCUUGGUCGGCAGCACCAAUCCGUUCGCUCCCUUGCACCGCCAAUACUCGCAUCCGCUGUCCGGCAGCAAUGCCGGCUAUGUGCCGCCAACACCGCUGCACCAUCCGCAUCAUAUCUCGCUGCCCGAGUCAAUCUACGCUUCGGGCUCGCCGCCACCGGCCGGCUCCUCGCAGUACCUGGUGCCCACGCGUGUCGUGGCCUGUCCGGUGUCCAGCGAGACGGCGGCCACACCCACAGCAAAUGCCAGCUCCAAUGCUACGUCGUCGACGGUGGCAGCCGUUUCCGUGGUCACCUCGCCGACAGCCGCUGGCCUCAACAGCAGCCGGCACUCGUUCUCGCCCACAUAUGCGGGCAGCAGCACGGAGACGGCUCCGCCAGAGCGACGCUCACCACACUCCCACUCGCCCAAUGUCACCCAUUCGCACUCGCUCGUGGAGCGCUCAACGAAGGGCAGCGACGGAUCUGCCAAUGGAUCUGGCGGCACGAAGCUCCGCAAUUCCAAGUCGGUGACGUCCACGGGCUCGGGCUCCCAUCUACACCCCGGCCAGGCGACAGCCAUGAGCAGCUCCUUUGAGCACUUGCCCACGCUGCGGGUCAAGAACGAGGAACUGCAGCGUUCGGUGUCUUCACCGCAGACCCAAAGGGAAAUCAUCACCCUGGAAAAUCCGCGUUCUAGUCAUUGCCCUGUCAUUCGGCCGGGCCCGGCCUUGGGGUGUAACUUCUGUUGGAACACCAUCGAUGGGCAUGGACGUAUUUUGCGACGCAAAACGAAAUACCAUUGCCCCGAGUGUCAGACGAAUUUAUGCAUUGUGCCCUGCUUCCAGGAGUACCACGAGCGGCUCAACAACGAAGCCGCCACCGUGGGGGCCAGCAACAGCAGCGGCCACGAUAAUCAGCACCACACCAGCAGCACCGGCAGCAGCAGUGGCAGCGGCAAAGCCUCCCCCUACGUCUCGGCCAGCAGCACCAGCAGUGGCAGUGGCAGCGGGACAGGCUCAGGCGCAGGAGCGGCUAGGCACUACACCAAAACCGAAUCGAUAUAAUCUGCAGCUAAUUGUUGGCCCGCGUAUUUGUAUUUGUGGCACGACGGCCGUCACCCGUUCCUGGGCUACACACAUAGGAUGUACCCAGGCAUCGGACCAUCUAGGGGGGGCCGUCGGUCAAUUUGUUUUUCUUUGUAAGCAGGAUGCUUGUUGCUCCGGCCGCACAGGCACAUCUGGGCACACAUCCUGCAGCGAAAAUUUUAAUUUGUUGUGGCAGUGCCCGGCUCCGGCAACGACACCCCAAAAACAAAACAGAGGCGUGCCGUCCGGUUUCCGGGGCACAUGGACUGCCCAAGAGCGCCCGAGAGCGCGUCCAGAAAUUUGUUUUUGUGAGCCAUGCGAAACGCAUGCACAGACGUUGUGUGUACUCGUAAGUAAAACGGAAAAAAAAUAUAUAUAAAUAAAAGAAAACUUUUGUAGCAAGGCGCGGCCUGCACGGAAAUUGUUGUAUGGCCCCGCCCGAGCGUUAACUUUUUUAAACAAUCUGCUAACUGUUAAACUAUAUAUUUAAAUGUGUACCUAUUAUGUAUGUUAUUGUACAAACAAAAAACGGAUAAACAAAUACAACAACAAAAUACAUUAACUAAAACAAAAGAAAAAGGAAACGCUGUCAGCGGUGGUGUCAGCCGAGCAGUGACUUCUACAAGCUCGAAACUAACGAUUAGGUUUUCAAAACACAAGUACAACAACUAGUACUAGCCCCAACAAAAACAACAACCACUGUGUCUCUAUGGUCUAAAGUUUAGACUUAAGUACGUCUCACCCCACUCCUUUGGCCCUUCAUCAGAUAUAUUGGAUGAUUAUGCCCUGGGCAUCGCUGCGCAGGCGCACGUUUGUCUACUAGUAUAUAUGUUUGUAUGUCCCUUUCCACCCACUACCCGACGACACGACACUGUUUUACUAAAUGUUUUAUAUAUCUAUAUGUUUAUGUACGUGUAGUAUGAAAAUCGAAAUUACAGGCGAUCCUGGAUCCUCCCUGACAAUGGGACAUUGUUUAAUUUUGUGUGUGUAAACUAUAAAAAAUACGAAAAUUAAUAAAUAUAUUUGUGACCCUUCUGGUUUUUCUCAAUAA